AUGAAUAUCAUUAGAAAUCAAACAAUUAGAAAUAAUUGCAUAAAUAAUAUAUAUCUAUACACAAAUAGACAAGCAUCUAUAACAUAUUUUUUAAAUAAUAAUAAUAAUAGUAAUAACAAUGUAAAUAAUAUAUCAAAGUACAACUUUAAUAACUAUGUCACCACAACCAAUGAUUUUAAUAAUAAUAAACAACAAACAAAGAUAAAGAAUAAUCUAUUUCAAAAAGUAUUGUUGGGUGUUGGCUCAUCGAUUGUUGCUAUGAUAAAUCCUGGACGUGGUGAUAUGAUCGCUACACUCGGUGAGAUUACAGGUGGCUGUGCAUUGAAAACUCUAAAGAAGAAGAUGAUGGAAGAUGAAGUUGGUCGUGAUCUUCUGGCUCGCAAACCUCGUAUCAGAAGCGAGACAUUCCCGCCGAAUCUACAUCUGUUGCCACCGACAACCUUUGGUGGCGCCUACUACCACUUUAUGAAUAUCCACGGUUACAGUGCCGACGAGCGUACACACGUUCGAAUGAUAGAGGACGACGACGAAGCCUAUAUCAUGCAACGCUAUCGUGAGGUACACGACUUUUGGCAUGUGUUGGCCGGUGUCGACACCACAGUGCAAGGCGAGCUCGCCGUCAAGUGGCUCGAGCUACUACAGACUGGACUACCGAUGUGUGCAAUCAGUGCGGCAGUUGGACCGCUCAGACUACCAUUCGCCGAGCAAAAGGUGCUCGUCACUCACAUGAUUCCAUGGGCUGUGAGAUGCGCGCGAAACUCAAAGUUCCUCAUGAAUGUUCGCUACGAAGAUCACUGGGAGACACCGAUCGAAGACCUCAGAAAACUAUUGAAUUUCGAAAAGUAUGAAGGUCCUCAAACUUAUGUUAUUCCCGAUGUAACAACUGAAAGCAACGUUGAUACAGGCAAUUUCUUGGCUGUUUUGGUCAGUGAUGACAACGUGGCCAGUGUACUUUCCGGAUGGAGCGUUGGAUGGGAUGUCAGCAACGACGGAUUUGUGCAAUUCACCAGAGGCGAUUGGACAUGCGUAUGGGUUCUCAGAGUUGCAAAGAUCGGCGUUUUGGUUGAGCAAAGUAAUGAAACCGUACUUGAUUAG